GGAGAGGGAAAGGAGCUAACGCGCUUUGGUGGAAAAACAGCGUGUUCUGCGCGCUGCCAAAACCAUGAAUCUGAGAGGAUGAACCUGUUCUCUGGGCACUGCAGAAGUGCCCUGAGCAAGUUGUUCCGUGCGAGGCAGGACAAGGAGCAAUGUUUCAGCCCGAGGGCAGAUACGCAAUUUGUGACCGUGGGUUAAUGCGGUUCAGUUUUAUCACCGGCCCGUGGCAAGCGCCCUCUCUGUUGCCAAGGCUGCUCCCACAGAAUGCCCCAUUUUCCCUGGAAUGCAGCAGUCGCCAGGCAGCCUCUCCAGCUGCGUCGUGAAGGAGCAGCAGCUCUAUAGCCUCAUAUCGUCCAUGUGCGUACAGCUGGGGGAAAACCAGCUCAUUUAGCAGCUUUUACGAUAAGUCUGCUCCUUCUAGUUGGACAGAUGAGCCCGUUUCCCCGGUAGCUAGGCAGCAUCUCCGUUUUGAGUCAGGAUCUGGCGAAAGAACGUCUGACUUAGCGGCGACAGACUCGAACAAGGAUACGGAAGAGAAGACACGAGGGAGUCAGAGUAAGGGAAAGAUCAGAUAACAACUAACUUUGGCUGACAAAGCUUGUCGUUGAUUGGAUGUUUCCUGAAAAGUCAGAAGGGGAUUUUCUGCGUGGGGCGUUUCCAUCCCCUGCCUUGUCUGUUUUGGGUAUAAAAGCCUGUACUCUGCGUCCGUGACUCAAACUCCAAAAUGAAGCUGAAAGGAAAGAAGCAGGAGAGCUCUGACAACAAUGAAGGUUCAAAGGGGAAAAUGACGCUUUUGCUUGCCCUGGUAGCGCUGGUAUCUGCGUUUGGGUCGUCUUUCCAGUAUGGCUACAACGUGUCUGUGAUCAAUUCUCCAGCCCCGUACAUGCAAGCCUUUUACAACCAAACCUACUUCGACAGGAAUGGAGUGCCUAUGGACAGCAGCUUCCAGACACUGCUCUGGUCUCUCACUGUGUCCAUGUUCCCUCUGGGUGGCUUGUUUGGGUCCCUCAUGGUGUGGCCUCUGGUCAACAAUUGUGGCCGAAAGGGCACUUUGUUGAUAAAUAACCUCUUCUCCAUUGCCGCUGCAAUCCUUAUGGGAACCUCAGCGCUAGCAAAAACCUUUGAAGUAAUCAUCCUUUCACGUGUUAUCAUGGGAAUAUAUGCUGGUCUGGCCUCCAAUGUGGUUCCCAUGUUCCUUGGAGAAAUCUCCCCUAAAAAUCUGAGAGGUGCUAUUGGGGUAGUACCCCAGCUCUUCAUCACCGUUGGGAUCCUUGUAGCUCAGAUCCUUGGUCUCAACAGCAUCCUCGGGAAUGCCGAAGGCUGGCCUGUGCUGCUGGGGCUCACUGGGAUCCCAUCGGCGAUUCAGCUCCUUAUAUUGCCCUUUUUCCCUGAGAGUCCCAGAUAUCUGCUGAUACAAAAGGGCAAUGAAGAACAAGCACGACAAGCUUUGCAGAGGCUGAGAGGCUGGGAUGAUGUGGAUGAUGAGAUAGAAGAAAUGCGCCGAGAAGACCGGUCAGAAAAGGAAGAAGGACAGUUUACUGUACUCAGCCUGUGCACCUUCAGAGGCCUGCGAUGGCAGCUCAUCUCUAUCAUUGUCAUGAUGAUGGGCCAGCAGCUCUCUGGGGUUAAUGGGGUCUUCUACUACGCAGACAGAAUCUUCCAGUCGGCAGGCGUGGACAGCAACAACGUUCAAUAUGUCACCGUGUCGAUAGGUGCCAUCAACGUCGUCAUGACUUUGCUUGCUGUUUUCAUCGUGGAAGCCCUGGGGAGGAGAAUCCUUCUCCUUGCUGGCUUCGGAUUGUGCUGCGUCUCCUGUGCAGUGUUAACUUUGGCCCUCAAUCUCCAGACCACUGUCUCAUGGAUGUCUUACCUCAGCAUAGUGUGUGUCAUUGUUUACAUCAUCGGACAUGCUAUUGGAGCCAGUCCCAUUCCCUUUGUGAUGAUCACCGAGAUGUUCCUGCAGUCAUCCCGGCCUGCAGCGUUCAUGGUGGGUGGGUCCGUGCACUGGCUGUGCAACUUCACCGUGGGGCUCGUGUUCCUCUACAUGGAGGCUGGACUGGGGCCCUACAGCUUCCUCAUCUUCUGUGCCAUCUGCCUCGCCACUAUAAUUUACAUCUUCUUUAUUGUUCCCGAGACUGAGAACAAAACCUUCAUGGAAAUCAACAGGAUCAUGGCCAAAAGGAACAAGGUGGAGAUUCAGGAUGACAAAGAAGAGCUGAAGGAUUUCCAAACUGUCCCAGGUGGGCAGGCAGAGAAGAAAGAAACCUCCAACAGUGAGCUGUGACCCAGCCUCAUGUUUGGCCUGGCCCAGAUAUUUUUCAGAAUCUAUUCAACGGGAGAACAAAUACACCAAUUCAUCGUUUGAUACCGACCUUCAUUCAGAGUUUCUGCAAACUUCCCACAGCAGGAGUUUCCAAAUAAGCCAUUGUGUCUUGAGAGUGUUCUCAUUGCGAGUAAUUAGCUGGACCAUUCUGCUUCAUGGCGUAGCUGCCUCCAAGGCAAACUACCCGUUCAUGGCAUCUGUCACAGGGAAAGGGCAGCGUCCUCAGCCAGCUCAGUUCCUGUGAUCAAGUAACCUAUGUCAUAAGGUGAUAUAUGUCCCUGAUAUCCUGGCUGACAGAUCUCAGGUGACACAAGCCAGCACUUGGGCUGGGUUUUGGUCAGUCAUAUGGAAGGAGUGCACUAUAUUCCUCUGGAGAACUGUCAUUCCUGUAUUUGAGGGUCCAGCAUGAGUGAUGCCAGGCCUGUGGUGCUCUGGGGUGGAGAGUGUGUCAGUUGUUCUGAGGUACUUUGUUAGAUGGGCUCAUAAUGGCAUUUCUCCUGCCAACGCUUGUCCUUCCAUUGUGUGCUUCAAAGGACCGCGUAUCGCUAUAACCUCACCCCCACCCUGCUCACCCAACUCUCUCUCUCCUUCAAAUCAAGCCUGGUCCUCGACCUUUGGUCCUUCCGAAGCCUUAUUCAUUAGGUUAGGAGUCAUCCAUCUGGCUGAUGCUUGUUCACAGCCAGUUUAUACCCAUUUGUUCCAGUGCCACUCUAGUCUUUGAGCUGUUUAGCUCAUUUCACUCCCUAGUGUUUACACUUCACUUGCCAAAGACCAACGGUCCCUCUCUUAAUCCUUUAAUAACCCCCAUAUCCCUACUCCCUACGCACGAGCCAGUUGGAGCUCGUUCCUCCCCCAGAGAUACCUGGUAUUGAACUUGGUAAGAACCUCCCUGUUGCGUUGCAGGAGUCAAAUUCAGGGUGAUUCCUGUGCAGUGAGCUACAGGUUGGAACCUGUGUUUGCAAACAUGUCCAAACUGGUCUUUAGCAUCUCACGUUAAGUUGCUUAAAUUUAGUUUUUGAAAUUACUCAGCUCUCAGGUAUUUGAAAAAGUCUCCGAAGGGUUUAGAGCUUGGUCCUUCUACUUGUUUCUGGUUGUGUCCCCGAAGGGCACCGUUCCACCUGAUGGCUAAAUUGGUUUGGAAAAGCUCUGAAGGAGUACUGCUGACUCCCAGAAGAAAGUAAAGUGCACAUUGAUAAAAAUGGAGGAUUUCUUAAAGCAUUUAUUAGUUUAAGGGGUUUGGGGGCUAAUUAUGGCAUAAUUUAACACGAGGAAAUGUAAUUUAACACGAGGAAAUUCAAUUCAAUUGUUAUACAGGGCUGCUGCCCUCCGUUUUGAAAAAAGCAGAAUUGUUGAACAGCCUGGUACAGAUUUUGUUGUUGAUGGAGAUUGCCCUUCACGUGAUUUGCUUUAACCUUAGAGGAUGAGUUUUAUACCUGCCCUCAAACUUGUGAUGUAUAUAUGUUGAAAAAGAAGUUGUUUCCAUGCUCA